AUGACUGUACCUGGCGAACUAACCCACCGUGGCCAACCCCAGGACUCGCUGGCUCUCGAGGAUCGUUUUGAAGUUCUCAAGGAAAUCGGCGAUGGCUCCUUCGGCAGUGUUGUGCUCGCUAGGGUUCGCACUGCGGGUGCCAAUGUCGCCCGUCGCGGCUCUGUCGUCGCUAUCAAAUCCAUGAAGAAGACGUUUGAUUCAUUGCAGCCAUGCCUGGAGCUGCGCGAAGUCGUCUUCCUACGCACCAUUCCUCCUCACCCACACCUGGUCCCCGCCUUGGACAUUUUCCUCGACCCGUACAGCAAGAAGCUGCACAUUUGCAUGGAAUACAUGGAAGGCAACUUGUACCAACUAAUGAAGGCGCGCGACCACAAGUGUCUCGACAACGCCAGCGUCAAGAGCAUCCUGCUGCAGAUUAUGCAUGGUCUUGAGCACAUCCACGCCCACCAGUUCUUCCACAGGGAUAUCAAGCCGGAAAACAUCCUCGUCUCCACAUCGUCACAUCAGGAGUCGUCAAACUCGUUCCGACGAUACUCUGCCCUCGUUACACCGCCCUCAACACCACCAGCAUACACUGUCAAGCUUGCAGAUUUUGGUCUCGCUCGUGAGACCCACUCCAAACUGCCCUACACAACGUACGUUUCCACACGAUGGUACCGCGCCCCCGAAGUUCUUCUGCGGGCUGGCGAGUACUCGGCACCCGUCGAUAUCUGGGCAGUCGGUGCCAUGGCCGUUGAAAUCGCCACGCUCAAGCCACUCUUCCCUGGAGGAAACGAGGUGGACCAGGUCUGGCGCGUCUGCGAGAUUAUGGGCAGUCCCGGUAACUGGCACAACAAGGCUGGCCAACGCGUUGGCGGUGGAGAGUGGAGGGAGGGAAACAGACUGGCCAGCAAACUUGGAUUCUCAUUUCCCAAAAUGGCACCUCACGCUAUCGACACAAUUCUGCAAGCUCCUCAGUGGCCGGCAUCUCUGGCCCAUUUCGUCACCUGGUGUCUGAUGUGGGAUCCCAAGGCCCGCCCUACAUCUGCGCAAGCCUUGGCUCACGAAUACUUUGCCGAUGGCGUUGACCCGCUUCGUCCCCGAUCAGCUGCUUCCAAAAUCCUCGGCCGCAAGCAGUCCGACCUUGGUCGCUCAGCCAAAGACUCCUCGUCAGGAAACGCCCCGUCAAGGUCGUCCUGGUUCCGCAAGUCACUUAUAGGUGGUAGAAGCGAAGCCCCCGAGCCGGUGGUUGCCAAAGAUCCAGCACCGCGACCCGCGGUUGUGCAUGCUGCUUCUUCCAACGAUCUAAAAGGGUCGCGGACAACCAAGCGCAGCACGUGGGCCAAUGGUCUCUCCAACGUCGCUCCUAUGCCCAUUCUUCCCAGCAUCCGACCUAUCUCGCCACUCUCUGACGCCGUUAACGCUCGCGGCAACAAUGGACCAGCCGAUGCCCCACCACCCGUCGGUAUCACCCAAGAGAAGAAAAAGCUUGGGAGACAGCUGUCCGUUGCUUCUAGUACCAACAACUACAAUACUGAAAUGCACCGCCAGCAGGCUGAGCGUGCGCUCAAUGGCCAGACUGGUCUUGCCUCUCCCCCAAGCAGUCAAAAAGAAAGCUUCUUCUCGCAUCUGCGCAAACGCGCCCGUCGAUUCUCUGGUCGUCACCAGACCCCGGUCUCGCCCGCAUUUGAGGAGAUGGAGCCGCAGGUCGGCUGUGGCCCUUGGAACAGUAACAGGUCAUCCUUAGUCAUGGAUCAAUCUGGAGCCCCAAAACCGGAGGUCUAUGAGUCUCUUGAUCGUGCUCUCCAGAACGCACAGGGUGGCGUUGCCCCAGCUCCCCCAAUGCAUCAUGCUUCCUCGGCAAGCAAGCUCAAGCGACACCACUCGCUGCCACAACAGCAGCCUCGUUCUGUCGACAACCUAAUUGGCGCUGCGCGAGGUGGUCCCAUCUCCAGCCGUACGCGCCGCUCGCAAGCGACUUAUGGUGUUCAUCAGUAUGAAGCACCUGCCGAAGAGGAUGAACUGCUAGAUGAAGUCCUCAACUCGACCCAGCAUGCCAUGAACCGCCUUGAUGGUACCAACCGCAAGCCCCUCCGCCAGUCGAUUAGCAACAUCGGCCUCACUUCUCAACCGUACCCUAGCCCAUCACCAUCGGCAAGCGGCAGCCAGAUUCUGUUUUCUGACGGAAGCGAGACCAUGACCCCACGACCUCUGGACCUUGGCAAGAAGAAUACCAACCAGUACAAGUGGCCGACGCCCCCAUACGAGGGUGGCGAAUGGAAUUCGUCCGGCUCGAACCAUCUUUGGGCCACCGGAAACCGGAUCUAA